GUAUCUACCGGCACUAACCGUCCAUUUGUCCCUCUCAGUUGCCGAAAAGCAUUGUUCGACCAUUUACAUUCUCUUUCUCACCCUGGAGUACGCGCCACAGUCAGACUCAUCAGCGAACGCUUCGUGUGGCCUAAAAUGAACUCUGACAUUCGGAGAUGGGCACGCGAAUGUCUCCAAUGCCAAUGCUCCAAAGUACACCGUCACACUAUUACGACCCCGAAGCCGUUUGAAUUACCCGAAAGGAGAUUUCAGCAUAUCCAUAUAGAUAUCGUGGGACCAUUGCCAACAUCAAGAGGAUAUACACAUAUCCUGACAGCGAUUGAUAGAUUUACUCGUUGGGCUAUUGCAUGCCCCUUAAACGACAUAUCUGCUGAAAACGUUGCUUUGGUUUUUCUCGACCGUUGGGUGUCAAACUACGGUGUACCAACUACUAUUACAUCCGACCGCGGUCCUCAAUUCCAAUCGACACUCUUUCGCGAACUGACGAGACUCCUGGGAGUGAAACAUAUCUCCACGACAGCCUAUCAUCCGGCAGCGAAUGGUCUAGUGGAAAGAUUCCACAGACAACUGAAAAGCUCCCUGAUGGCGCAAAAUGAUACAUCUAAGUGGAGUGAAUACUUACCUUUAAUUUUACUUGGUAUCCGAUCUACUAUCAAAGAAGAUUUAGGAUGUACACCGGCUCAACUUGUUUAUGGCACCAACCUAACCUUGCCUGGACAGCUAGUCCCCUCAGCCGAUUCCACAGACGUGAACAUUACCGACUUCACCAACCGAUUAACUAGACAAAUGCUUCAGCUUCAACCAACAGCACCUCGACAAUCUCCCCGACGAGAUCAGAUCAACAAACAUCUACAAACUUGCAAAUUCGUGUUUGUUCGAGUCGACGCCAUCAGAAAAGGAUUACAACCUCCAUACGAAGGACCAUUUCAAGUUAUUAAACGUUCAGAAAAACACUUUACGGUGAACAAGAAUGGAAAACGAGAGACUGUUUCCAUCGAUCGCAUCAAACCCGCAUACACAGACAACGAUUUUGAAGCUACAUCGGCAACUGCACAAUCAAAUAAUCAAACAUCACAUUCCACUCCACCGGCACCAAGUCUUAUCAUCCCUCCAUAUCAAACACGUAGUGGUCGGCAAAUCAGUAAACCGGCUCGCUACGUUCAUUUUGAGGACUAAUAAAAAAAUAUUAAAAAUUAUUAUUAUCUUUUUCGUUUAGACAUUAUUAUCAUGACCGUUAGUAUUUCGUUGUAAACUUUGAUGUUACUAUCACUAUUAUUUACUUAUGUGUACCUCACCUAUAAAACAGGCAUUGUCCUUUUCAGAAACUAUUGAUCUUUAAUCCAUAUUUUUUUUCGUUAUACAUUGAAAACCUAUGCUCAUGGUUAGUGCAAAUUUAAAAGACAUGACUUUCUGUUUUAAUUUUUUUAUUGCUGAACUAAUUGUAUAUGCUUUCAGACUUUACAUGACUCACAUAACUUCUUGCGUUUAUGCAUGUUGUAAUAUAUCCCUAUUUUUAUCCAAAAAUUGUUAUUACUAUUAUUAUUUACUUCACAG